GAUCAUAUUUAUGUGCGUGCAUUCGAGGAGGGAGAAGCUGCCGUGUUGGAUACAAUUGCACCAGCUUUGAAGCGUGCAGACCUGCCACUGCUAUGGGUGACACUAUUGUAGACGCAGCCCCUGGGACAGCGGUGGAUCAGUCAUCCGGCCCAGUGCUGCAAGGAAAUGGAGGGACUCCUCUCAGCGUCAUCAGAGAAGGCGUUGGGGAGUUGGCGGUUAUCGACCCUGAGGUGGCGAAGAAAGCCUGUGAAGAGGUCCUGGAGAAGGUCAAGCUGAUGCAUGGGGUCUCCUCAGACAGUGUGGCUAAAUCAGAUGAUGGCAACGAAACGGAGUGUGCUCCACGGACCAACCUGGAACUAGUCAAUGGAGACGUCGGAGAUGGCUGUGAAAUCAAAUGCUUGGACGACCCACCUGUCACGCCUUCCAGGAUCCGGGAGGAGGACGAGACCAUGGCCAACACAGUGAAAAGCGCCCGGAGGCGGCAGAAGAACAACUCGGCUAAGCAGUCCUGGCUGCUCCGGCUCUUUGAAUCCAAACUCUUUGAUAUCUCCAUGGCCAUUUCAUACUUGUACAAUUCAAAAGAGCCGGGGGUACAAGCUUAUAUUGGAAAUAGGUUGUUUUGCUUUAGGAAUGAGGAGGUGGACUUCUACCUGCCACAGCUUCUAAACAUGUACAUCCAUAUGGAUGAAGAUGUUGGCGAUGCUAUCAAACCCUACAUUGUACACCGCUGUCGGCAAAGCAUCAACUUUUCCCUCCAGUGUGCCCUGCUCCUGGGUGCCUACUCCUCGGACAUGCACAUCUCAACUCAGCGACACUCCCGUGGGACCAAGCUGCGGAAGCUCAUUCUUUCUGAUGAGUUGAAGCCAGCUCACAAAAAGAGGGAGCUGCCGUCUCUGAGCCCGGCGCCCGACAUGGCGUUGUCACCUUCCAAAAGGACUCACCAGAGGUCCAAGUCAGACGCCACAGCUAGUAUCAGCCUGAGCAGCAAUUUGAAACGGACCGCCAGCAAUCCCAAAGUCGAGAGCGAGGAUGAGCCUGUCAGACUUGCCCCUGAGAGAGAAUUCAUCAAAUCCCUGAUGGCCAUCGGGAAGAGACUAGCCACUUUGCCCACCAAAGAGCAGAAGACUCAGCGUCUUAUCUCGGAGCUGUCUUUACUUAACCAUAAGCUUCCGGCACGCAUCUGGCUUCCCACAGCUGGCUUUGACCAUCAUGUGGUGCGGGUGCCCCACACCCAGGCGGUGGUGCUCAACUCCAAGGACAAGGCUCCCUAUUUAAUCUACGUUGAAGUACUUGAAUGUGAAAAUUUUGACACCACUAAUGUGCCGGCCCGGAUCCCGGAGAACCGCAUCCGGAGCACGAGGUCUGUGGAGAACCUGCCAGAAUGUGGGAUCACUCAUGAGCAGAGGGCCAGCAGCUUCACCACCGUUCCCAACUAUGACAAUGAUGAUGAAGCCUGGUCUGUGGAUGAUAUUGGGGAACUGCAGGUGGAGCUUCCGGAGAUGCACACCAACAGCUGUGACAAUAUUUCCCAGUUCUCUGUGGACAGCAUCACCAGCCAAGACAGCAAAGAGCCUGUGUUCAUAGCAGCUGGCGAUAUUAGACGGCGCCUCUCAGAGCAGCUCGCACACACCCCAACUGCUUUCAGGAGGGACCCUGAGGAUCCUUCUGCUGUUGCCCUGAAGGAGCCCUGGCAGGAGAAAGUCAGGCGGAUCAGGGAAGGCUCCCCUUAUGGCCAUCUUCCAAACUGGCGCCUCCUCUCGGUGAUUGUCAAAUGCGGAGAUGACCUCCGGCAAGAGUUGCUAGCGUUCCAGGUCCUUAAACAACUGCAGUCUAUUUGGGAGCAGGAGCGCGUGCCCUUGUGGAUCAAGCCAUACAAGAUCCUCGUCAUCUCCGCAGACAGCGGCAUGAUCGAACCGGUUGUCAACGCAGUGUCCAUCCACCAAGUCAAGAAACAAUCCCAGCUCUCGCUGCUGGACUACUUCCUCCAGGAGCAUGGCAACUACACUACCGAAGCAUUUCUGACGGCCCAGAGGAACUUUGUGCAGAGCUGUGCUGGCUACUGCCUGGUGUGCUACCUGCUACAGGUCAAAGACAGGCACAAUGGCAAUAUAUUGCUGGAUGCAGAUGGACACAUCAUCCACAUAGAUUUUGGGUUCAUUCUCUCCAGCUCCCCCAGGAACCUUGGCUUUGAGACAUCUGCCUUCAAGCUCACAACGGAGUUCGUUGAUGUCAUGGGCGGUCUGGAUGGUGAUAUGUUUAACUACUACAAGAUGCUGAUGCUGCAAGGCCUCAUCGCUGCCCGAAAGCACAUGGAUAAAGUCGUGCAGAUUGUGGAGAUAAUGCAGCAAGGUUCUCAGCUGCCCUGUUUCCAUGGCUCCAGUACCAUCCGCAACCUGAAGGAGCGUUUCCACAUGAACAUGACGGAGGAGCAGCUGCAGUUGCUCAUUGAACAGAUGGUGGAUGGCAGCAUGCGGUCGAUCACCACCAAACUCUAUGAUGGCUUCCAGUACCUCACCAAUGGCAUCAUGUGACGGCUGCGCCCCUGCCACCGACUCGAGGAUGGCUUUUGUCGCGGCCACAGUGCCCAGCUGGAGACCUACCACCUGGCUGAGGGAAAAGGUCUUGCCCCCUGUGGUGAAGGGAGCCGAGCAGUAGCACCUCCUGGGUGCCAGGUUUACCGGACUCUCAAACCAACAACAACAAAAAACAGUGUUCAGAGAAGCGAAAUCCACGCGUGAAAUUGACUAAAACAAAAAGGAUCAUGUGGCAACCAUUGCGAUCACGUUUAAUGUGACCGCGGGGUCCAGGCGUUGGUGAGACAAAGCCAUCAGCGCUCUGUGGACAACAGAGCAUCUGCUAGACACCAGAACCAUGUGUACAUCAGUUCCUCCCAUCUUUAUUUCAGUAUUAUGCCUGUUGAUGUCCUGUGAACUCUUCCACGAUCUCAUAAAUGUUUAGGGCCUGGGGUGGAGGGGGCCAAAACCAUCCUCCUCCCUGAGUCUGGUAUUUGCCGAUAUUUUGAGCCUUCUGCUAGCACCACUUGAAUGCAGUUGAGGUGAAUCCCCAUCAGCCCCCAACCCUGCAUGUUCCUGUACAGCAUCGUCAGCAUUAUUUGACUCUCCUGAUGUUGGUUUGGCUUUUUUCACCCUUUGCACAUUUUAAUUGUAUUCAGACUUCCUGCAGCUGCUGAUCAGAUGGUGGAAUCCCCUACUACCUGAGUGUGUGUGAUUUGUUACCUCAGUCCUUGUUCUCCUCCACCCCCAUUGACUCCUGUUGUGGACUCUCAUGUUAAUAGCUCCCGCCGCGACUCAAGCUUGUUUGGCUGUAAAAAAGCCCCAAGCAGACACUUCAAAUGACUCCAUCUUGCUUCUUAGCUUCCCCCUCUGCGUUUAUACUGACCUGGAAAUGAACGGCAACCAGGUUCCCCUUUAAUGUAGCAAAUGACCUACGGAUACCCAAUGAUCGGAUGUACUGAGCCCAUAGUAGCAAGUAGCAAGUGAAAUGGUGUCCCUGUAUACAAGUUACCCAGCCAGUUGGGUGACUUCUGCAGAUUGUUGCUACAUAAUCUGGAUGGGAGCCUAUGGAAUGUAGUUUUCAUUUAACAUCCUCAUGGAGAGUACGUUUGAACAGCUAAAAGGGGAUGGGCUGCUUGACCGCAAGAGGAGAGGGACAAAAAUAAGAUCCUAAUAGGCCAUAGGAAUGGCCUCUCCUUGAGCGGAAGCGAACACCCUGUCUGACAGCUGCUGCUGGCUACACGGACUGUAUGUGAACCUUUCAAUGUGUGGGGAUUUUUUAUUUUCCUAUUCAGUAAGGAUGGGCCAAACUCAGAAAUAAAAUAUACAACCAGAACUUGAUUUCUAAUAAAAUGUCCUUUUUA